AUGUCGUUUCUGAAGAAUUGCAGAGUUCUUUUAAGAAGUACAAACAUAGAUAAUGCGGAUACUUCUCAGCCAUAUAAUGUGGUCCUGGAGAAUCGAUUUGUCAAAGGUGCUUUACUGUUUGAAUCUGGGGCUAUAGCACAUAUAAGUCCUAUUCAGUUUGAUAUCCGAAAAUAUCAGUACACGAAGGCAAUAGAUGCCUAUGCAUGUCUUGGUGUUUUGGUGCCUCCGAUAUCUCCUACUGCGGAUUCUAGUAUAUUUGCUCAAAACUCGUUUCUUGUCAUGGUCACUGGCUGUACUUCUGUGGGAAAGUUGCCAGCAUUCGAGGUUUUUCGCGUCACAAAUGUGCUGUUUAUUAGCUUAAAAAGUCAAGGAGCUGAAGAAGACCUUUAUCCUGAUCUCCGCAAACUUCUUUCUUCAGGAAUGUUUUACUUCGCUCGGUCAAUUGUCGAUGGUACACCGUAUGAUUUGACUGUCAACAUUCAGAAUCGAAGUCGCUUGGGUGAUGAAUUUUGGAAUACCGCUGAUGUAUAUUCUCGGAGUGAUACUGGUAUGAAUUUCCUGUGGAAUAAAGGGUUAAUGGGACCAUUAAUGCGAGCUGGGAUUAAUCCCAAUGACUGGCUGGUAUCCAUAAUUUGUGGUGGAUUUGAGGUUUCCACAGUCUACUGCGGUGUUGGCCAAGCGCGGGUUGGAGUUGUUUCAAGAGUUUCGGCUCAGAGACCUGGUACUCGUUUUCAUGUUCGCGGGAUAAAUGAUAGUGGCGAUGUAGCAAAUUUUGUAGAAACAGAACAGUUUAUCUAUUUGGGUGAUUCAGUGUGUAGCUAUAUCCAGCUACGUGGUACAGUUCCGCUAUUUUGGGAACAACCAGGUUUGCAAGUUGGAUCACACAAAAUUUCACUUAGUCGACCAUUGGAAAUAUCAAUGAGUGCUUUCGAGCGUCAUUUUAUGAAUUUAAUGUCACAGUAUGGAUCGAUUGGCAUUGUUAACUUACUGGGCUGUAAACAAGGUGAGGCGAUGCUUAGUAAGUCGUAUCAAGAUCAACAUAGAAAGUCAUCUUUUAGAAAUAAUAUUCACCAUAUUAUAUUUGACUAUCAUUCGGAAUUACAAUCGAAAGGUGCGAAAAGUUUAGAAUGGAUAAACCAACAAAUCGAUCGACAGAUUAGUGACUGGGGCUUCUUCUAUUUCAAUGGCCAACAAGUUGAACUCUGCCAAAGUGGAGCGCUACGAAUAAAUUGUGUUGAUUGUUUGGAUAGAACAAAUGCAAUUCAAACACUUGUUGGAGUUCAAUUAAUUCUUCCUAAAAUGCUUAAUAGUUUAGGUUUAAAUGUAAAUGAUCAGUCUGUUUUAUUGAAUCGGUUUGUUGAUAGUCUAAGACAGAUAUGGCAAUUAAAUGGUGAUCAUGUUAGUCGUAUAUAUGCUGGAACAGGUGCACUGGGUAGUGGUCGGUCAAAACUACGCGAUGCUCAGAGAACAGCUGUUCGAACAAUACAACAUAGUUUUUUUGAUACUGCAAAACAAGAAGCUAUGCAUGCACUUUUGACGAAUUCAAGUUUACAAGGAUGGAUGAAACUUGUUGGAGAACAAUAUCUCCCUCGAAGAUUGUUGCAAUUACCGCCUACACUGUUAACUAACAUCUUACAUCGUUAUCCAGAAUUUAUUCAACUGCAUAAUCUCCGCAUUUUUGUCGGUACAUGGAAUGUCAAUGGUGGUAAACACUUUCGUAGUGUAGCUCAUAAGCAUGAAUCUGUUACGGACUGGUUACUCGAUUUAGCUCAAACUAUCGACAGUCAAAAUAAUUGGGGUUAUCAGAAUAAUGAGUAUGACUCAAAUGAAUUGAAUAAACCAAUGGAUAUAUUCGCUAUCGGUUUUGAAGAAAUUGUUGAUCUGACUACAUCGAAUAUUGUCGCAGGUUCAAAACCUUCCGCUAAUCAAAGAGAUUGGGGUCUAUUUUUACAGCGUCAUUUAAAUCGUGAUGCAAAUGAACGGGAUUCUUAUGUGCUGAUUACAUCAGUCCAAUUGGUUGGUAUUUGUUUAUUUCUAUUUGUUCGUGUUCGUUUGGCUGGUUCACUUCGUAAUGUGGCUACUUCAUCGGUUAAAACUGGUCUUGGUGGAACUACAGGAAAUAAAGGUGCUGUUGCAAUACGGUUUCAGUUGGGUGCUACAUCGAUUUGUUUCGUCUGUAGUCAUUUUGCAGCAGGUCAGUCAGCUGUUCGUGAACGUAAUGAUGACUUUCAAGAGAUUUGUCGUCGUCUUAGCCUACCGAAUGGACGUAAUAUCCUCAGUCAUGAUUAUGUAUUUUGGUGCGGUGAUUUUAACUAUCGUAUUAAUUUAUCAGGAAAUGAAGUGAAACGGCUAACUGCACAAUCUGCUUGGCUUGAUCUACUGCGUUCUGAUCAGUUGACUAUUGAAAAACAGGCUGGUAAUGUUUUUCGUGGAUUCGAAGAAGGACCAAUACGUUUUGCGCCUACAUACAAGUAUGAUUUAUUCUGUGAUGACUAUGAUACAUCGGAGAAAGCACGUUCACCAGCCUGGACUGAUCGUAUACUUUGGCGUCGGGUAAAAUUAGCAUUUCCUAAAACAGAUGAAGAUGGUAUAGUUUGUAUGCAGAAUAAUUCUCCUGAUGUAAAAUGGAAUCCGGGUCAAUUAUUGUUGUAUAACAGAGCUGAGUUGAAGACUAGUGAUCAUCGACCGGUGGGGGCAAUAUUCGACAUUGAAGUGCAUGUGAUCACUCGACAGUCUCGACGUAAAGUCAUCUCAGAGGUGAUUGAAGAUUUUGGUCCUAUCAAUGCAACUGUUCAACUGAGAUUGGAAAUUUUAGAAGGCAAUUCCAAGCGUCAAAUAUCAGAAGAUAAUCUACCUAACCUUAUGUGCAAUACAGAUUUUUUAGAAAAUUUAAAGGCAAUUGCAUCUUCAAGGCGUGGAACAGUUUUACUCUUACAUUUCUUAGAUCCACUAACUAUACUAUUAGUUUACAUAAACUCAAAGCAGGCAAGUAUUGCUGCACAGUUUUUAGACAAUUAUAUUAUACCUCUGAAUUCUUCGUUAAACAAUAUGCUAGUAGAAUCUGAUGGUUAUGAAAUUCAUCUAUCUGCCUCAUUAUACCAAUCGACUGAUUGGUUAGCAACAAUGCAAAGGAUAAUUGAGAUUUCAGAACGUGAAGAAUCUAAUAUGCAUGGUAGUCAGAUAACACCAGACAUUUUUGAAGCAUUGCCUUCAACAAAAAAUGGUAUUCGACAGUUCGAUGAAAAUGAUCAAGCCUAUGCUAGUGAUAAUGAAGACGGUGAGAUCAGUACAAAUGCUUCAUUUACGUCUGCAGGUACACAAUCUCGUAAUCGUCCUCCUCCACCGAGACCAGCACCACCAGUUACUCGAAAUCUUUCCAAUCCAAAUAAUCAGCCUAAUUCAAUAGCAAUAGAAGGUUCAGAAACCUAUCAAACAGGUGAUUCUUUGAAUUUAUUAUCUCAAGUUAAUAAGAAUGAUGAAUCAGUGAUAAAAAUAUUUACAUCAUCAUCACAUUCUGCAACUACAUCACCUGUUCAUGAAUCCCUAACAAAGUUGAAUACUACUACAAUAAUUCCAAAUGAACUAUUUGUACAACACGAUACUGGAUUGCAUACAGUCAGCAGUUGUGUAGAUUUAAACUGUAGAGAUAAUUUAUCAUUGCAAUUUAAUAAUAGUGAAACAAAUCGUAUAUCAUCAACCAAUGAUCUUAUUGGUUUUGAAAUGGAAAAUAUGAAUUUAAAUUCUACAGAUGAAUCUCCUGUUCGUGUUGUAACUAGUUCAACUGUUAUCCCACCACCUUUACCUCCAAGGCUGCCUACAUCAGAAUUCGAUUAUUCAUCAGUUGAUGAUCCAUUUUCUCUCACAAACCCUACACAAAGCAAUUCAAAAUCAACAUCAAACCUUCUAGAAGACGCUGCGCUAAUAAACUUCGACUCCAUUCCGCCGACGCGCGUUGCUCCACAUGCUCCUCCGAGAACAAUACCUCCACCAUUACCACCUCGUCCACGAAAUGAAACAGAAUGA